AUGGCGCAGUCGGGCUCAAUAUUAGAUGCAUUGGGACAAAGCAUUCUGGACUCGGCAAGCUCCAUAGAUGCCCACAUCGAUGCCGGGGCUCUGGUCGACCGAAUCUCAGGAGACUGCAGCACGGCAAGCGGCCAUCGAGCGCGGCAAUUUGCUCUGGCCGAGUUCAAGGCUCUGGCGAAGCGCGCCCCUGGAGCCGUCGUCGCCACUGAAGGCGCCGUGGUUGCCAUCCUGCGCGUGGUUGAGAAGAUCUCCCCGCCUCAGGAUGAAGAACUUGCCGACGAGAAUGUGGACUCAAUGCAGGAUGCCUUAGAGUGCUUGAGCUCGUUGAUGAGCACCGGCUCGUCAAAGAGCUCCGCCUCCAAAGAUUCGAAGAUCGAAGAGAAGGAGCGAGCAGACGAGCAGCGAGGACAACUGGUAGCGGAGCUCAUCGUGAAGCACACGGAGAACGUCAAACAACUCCUGCGAUUGCUUUGUGUCAGCGAGACUUCCACGCAGUACGAUGCGAUGAUCCUGCUUCAGAAAAUAUACAUGCGUUUACCUGAGCCCGUGAAUGCUGCGAUCUUGGCGGACCCGAGGUCCCUCGGCCACCUGAUGCACGUGCUGCAGACGUCACCCAUUGACUAUGUGCGCAAUGAAUGCCUUGGUUUGCUACUUCUGCUGACGGCAGCCAAUGCUGACAUUCAGACUAUUGUUACUGUGCAGGGUUUCAUCGAGACCGUUUUUUCCAUCCUCGAAGAUGAAGAUCUCGCUUUGGGUGGCAAAGUUGCGCGAGAUCUGCUGCAAUGCCUGAUGAACAUCGUCGGGAAUUCAACCUGUCAGAAGUACUUGCGCGAAACGGAUGGGGCGGCGUCACUCGUGUCCGCAAUUUCUGUGGCAGUUGCCGGAAGACCAAGUGAGGAGGAGGACGAUGAAGACGAAAGGCCAGAAAUCCCUGGGGAGUCUCGCUGGGCGUGCCUUUCUCUUCUGGUGGAUGCGGCGUUGUCGCUGGCCAGUCCUCACGAUGCUGCGGAGGCCGAGGCUGAGGCCAACCGUCUCGCCUUGGUUAAGGCGGGUGCUCUGGACCUGUGUCGCCACCUCUCGGACCCGCAGCUGGCAGAGGUUGCGCAGCUCAUGCUCGUGCGGCUCUUUGAGUCGCUUGAGAAGUGCCCACAGGCUGCCGAUCGCCUGCAAAGCUUCGGGCGAGGCAAACAAGACUCCGGCAGACCACUGCUCUUUGAUCUGGCGGCAGUGCUGCUGGGUCCUGUCACGCGGCUAAGCCUUCGAAACGCGCUUGGACGUGUACUUUGCCGCUGUGUCGCCAGACAUUUCUCACUGCAGUCCUUCCUUUGCUCUUCACUCAGUCCAGAGCUCCAAGCAGAUUCUCCAGAGGUGAGGCCGGCGGGACGUCUCCUCGUGGACGUGCUGGAGGCUGCCUGCCUUUCUGGAGGAGGUGGUUCUGCUUCAGUGGAGGUGAGCUGGUUUGCGCUGAGCUUGCUGCUCGCCAUGAUGCGUGGGAACACAAGCGUGCAGAGCGCCUGCACCACCAUGCCGGUCUUGAUCCCGAGCGAUGCUGGCCCGGCCAAAACAUUCCAAGAGCUCUUGUUUGCAGCUUUCUCGGCCACCGUUAGGAAGAGCAUGGCAUCUCAUGAUCAAGAGGCGGAAGACUUGAUGAGUGGUCCUUUGCACGAAGUAAGUACCCUCCUGGGCUUUUUGAAGCUUCUGUUAUACUGGCUGGCGACCUGCCCGUCAGUGCUGGGGAGCUUCGCAACCUCGCCUGUGAUGAUACCACUGGCCAUCGACCUCACUUGCUUGGAUGGCCGAUGCGGUCCGCUCUGCCGCACGCAGAUUGAAGGUCUCGCUUGUUUGGUCAUGGGGGCCUGCAUCAAAGCAGAGCACACUGAGGCUGAUGUGACCGCGCUGAUGUCCCUGAUUGCUCGACGUGUAGGCAUUGAGGCCUAUCAGCACAAGGUGGAGUCACUUUGGAGGUCAGAGGCGCUGCAGCGCCCAGCGAGGGGCCUGGCUGAAUUCCGUUGCUAUAACGGCCACUAUCGCAUUUUCGUGCGAGAGCAGCAGCGCGCUGUGCAGCGUCGCAUGGUGCAGCUUUAUGUUGCAGAAGGCUCGGGUGGGGGUGGUCUCAGCGAAGACGUCGCUGAACACUACAAGCAGUUGAUCCGAGUCCAGGCGUGUGCCAUUUUCGACGGUGGCCUUGGCAAGUUUGACAUCGCCGCCAUCUGCCAUGAGGUGCGCUGCGUGAACACGCAGGUGGGCGAAACACUCGGCAUCACGCUCUCUGACUCUGAGCACCGUGUGGCUGGCGAUGAACUUCACAGCCUUGGCACGAUUGCCAUUGCGAAGUCUCAGGCAGAGGACGGCGUCCUAGUCCUAAAGGUUUGGGCCACCCGAGACACCCCGCCCUUCUCCAAGCAUGCAGAGAAGCGGCCGGUGGGUGAGGUACGCAUUCCUCUUCGCCACCUGUCCGACCUUUGCAACUGCAUGUUGUACUUCACUUGGGUCAAUCUGGAAAGUGCAGGACUCAACGACUCCGUGGCUCAUCUAGGCUACGGCAAUCCGUUUGCGGUGAACAGUUCAGAGUCCUUCCUACAGGGCAUCAUGAGCAAUCCGCGACAGCUUUUCCAGCCCAAGGCCUGUAUCUCCCUUUGCCGGGCAGACGAACUCGCUGAGACAGACAGACUGUUAUGGACGAAAGAUUUGCCAAGGCAAGAUCGCAUCAAGCGGUGGGGCCCGCUUCUGCGAUCGCAGCAGCAGCAUGCCGUCAUGUGUACCGCCCAGAACCUCGAGGCUGCUGCCCAGCAGAAUGGAGCCGGCGACCUGCCCCAGCGACUUAUGCACCUCAGGGCCCAGGCUGAUGAGCAGGCCCAGGAGAUUGAGCUGCUGCAGGAGCAGCUGCAGUCUGCUUCCCGAGCAACCACCGCUCCUACAUCUGCAGAAGCUCUAGAUGUUCUUCUCAACGGAGGAGACCAGUGGAGGCAGAAGCCGUCCAUGACGUUGCUGGAAGAGCGGACAAGUCGUCAGCUCGAAGAGGCCAGAGGCCUCGCAAUGCAGACCGAAGCCGCGCUGGCGAGGCGCGGGCGAGAAGCAGAAGCCCACAAGGAGCUCGAGCUGCAGCAAAGUCUCAGUGCUCAGCUCCGUGGAGAGUUGCAAAGCUAUGAGGUUGAGCUCUCAAAGCUUGGUGAAGAAGCGAACAACAAAAUCGAGGCAGCGAAUAUCCGCAUUCGUGCGCUUCGAAGAGAGCGUGACGAGGCUUCCAGAGCACUGACGGAACGAAGAGAAGGCAACCAAAAGCUGCAAGUGCUCCUCGAGGAAUUGGAAGAUGAAAAGUCACAGCUGGCUCAGCAAAAGGAGACCUUGAUGCGGAUGGUGGAGGACCUUCAUGCCUGCUGCAACGAAGCAGGACUUCCUGCAGCAGAUCGAGCCUCCAUCGAUAGCAUCAGUGGCUUCAAGCUGCCGGGCUGA